GGACUGGCACUCCGGUGAAGAUGUCGGCGCCGUUGGGCCCCCGCGGUCCUCGGCCGCCAGGCGCACCGGCCGAGAUGCCAGACCUGAGCCAUCUGACGGAGGAAGAGCGGAGCAUCAUCAUGGCCGUGCUGCAGAGGCAGCGGGAGGAGGAGCAGAAGGAAGAGGCGAUGUUAAAGCGGUUACAUCAACAAUUCGAGAGCUAUAAGGAACAGAUCCGAAAAAUAGGCGAUGAAGCACGCCGUUACCAGGGGGAGCAUAAGGAUGAUACCCCAACCUGUGGGAUCUGCCUCAAAACCAAGUUUGCUGAUGGCUGCGGCCAUAUCUGCUCUUACUGCCAGACUAAAUUCUGUGCUCGGUGUGGGGGUCGGGUUAUGCUUCGCUCAAAUAAUGAGGACAAAGUGGUAAUGUGGGUUUGCAAUUUAUGCCGUAAACAGCAGGAAAUUCUUACAAAAUCUGGAGCAUGGUUCUUUGGAAGUGGAACACAACAGCCCGUCAAUCAGGAUGGAACCCUGAGUGACACAGCUACAGGGAUAGGUUCAGGCGCACCAAAAGAAAAAAAGGCAAGACUGCAAGAACGUUCACGAUCCCAGACUCCUUUAAGUUCAGCAGGAGCAACACAGGAGGUUAUGCCUCCUGACAAGUCUAGGGUCUCUGAGCUUACUCGACAAGAAAUGGGUUUUGAACAGAAACAGCCUUCAGCAAGAUCGAGAAGUGAACCCCCAAGAGACAGGAAGAAGAGUUCAUUGGUUUCAGAACAGAAUGGAAAAGGACUCAAGGGUGAACGGAAACACGGACCAAAGCCAUCCUCUCAGCAAGCUGACAGGCCAGCUGAUGAACGAGAGCAUCAUAGGGAGCAGCAAGAAAGUCGGCGCUUAGAGAAAGGUCGUUCGCAGGACUAUCAGGAUAUGGAUGUGAAAAUAGAGGGGGAAACAAUAGCUGAUGAGGUAAAACAAAAGAUUGAGGAGGAGUAUCAGAAUCAAUAUAAGAGUGACCCUAACCUGGCAAGGUGUCCUGUUAAACCUCAAUUGGAGGAACAACAGAUGCGUAUGCAUGCUAAAGUGUCAAGAGCACGGCAUGAAAGAAGGCACAGCGAUGUAUCUGUACUUCAAACUGAUGCAGAGGAAGGUCAGGGAGUAGAGGAUCUCUUGCCAAGAAGGACUCAACUGGGGACUCAAGAACGGAAAUACCCUAUUGAGAAGACUGCAGAUGUACAAAUAGCGGUUUCAAGACAGCUGCAUUUGAGCAGUCAGAGCCCCCCAACAUCGAAGAGGAGCUCAGUUCCUGCAGAACACUUGGAGGUGAAGGAUUACGAUGCCCACAAGCACCUGGAUCCCAGCUCUGCUGUCAUUCGAACAAAGCGAGAGAGGAAUGAAACCAUGCUGAGGAAUGAUUCACUCAGUUCAGACCAGUCAGAAUCCAUUCGACCACCUCCACCAAAACCACAUCGAAUGAAAAAGGUUGGAAAAAAAAGACAAAUGUCAGUCAGUAGCUCUGAGGAAGAAGGAGCAUCUACCCCAGAAUACACUAGCUGUGAAGAUGUGGAAAUUGAAAGUGAAAGUGUUAGUGAGAAAGGUGAUUUAGAUUACUAUUGGUUGGAUCCAGUUACGUGGCAUAGCAGUGAGACUUUACCCAUCAGCUCGCAUCCUGUUACAUGGCAACCAUCCAAAGAAGGUGAUCGUCUAAUCGGGCGUAUUAUUUUAAACAAGAGAACAAGUAUGCCAAAAGAAUCGGGAGCGCUGCUUGGGUUGAAAGUGGUUGGUGGCAAGAUAACAGAAACUGGACAGCUCGGAGCCUUUAUCACCAAAGUGAAAAAAGGCAGCUUAGCUGAUGUUGUUGGCCAUUUGAGAGCUGGUGAUGAGGUUCUUGAGUGGAACGGUAAACCCUUACCGGGAGCUACAAAUGAAGAAGUUUACAAUAUAAUUUUAGAGUCAAAAUCAGAACCUCAGGUUGAAAUAGUUGUUUCAAGGCCAAUAGGUGAUAUACCUAGAAUUCCGGAGAGUACGCAUCCUCCUUUGGAGUCUAGUUCAAGUUCCUUUGAGUCACAGAAGAUGGAACGACCAUGCAUUUCAGUCAUUUCUCCGACCAGUCCUGGAGCUCUGAAAGAUGCCCCCCAGGUUCUACCUGGACAACUUUCAGUGAAACUUUGGUACGAUAAAGUUGGCCAUCAGCUGAUAGUUAAUGUUUUACAAGCCACGGAGCUUCCUUCCCGAGGGGAUGGUCGUCCCAGGAAUCCCUAUGUAAAAAUGUACUUCCUUCCAGAUCGAAGUGACAAGAGUAAACGAAGGACCAAAACCGUGAAGAGAAGCUUAGAACCAAAAUGGAAUCAAACAUUUGUCUAUUCUCAUGUACAUCGGAGAGACUUUCGAGAACGCAUGUUGGAAAUCACGCUAUGGGAUCAGCCUCGAAUACAAGAGGAAGAAAGUGAAUUUCUCGGAGAGAUCCUUAUAGAGUUGGAGACGGCCUUACUGGAUGAUGAACCGCACUGGUACAAACUUCAGACGCAUGAUGUAUCUUCACUACCUUUGCCUCAGCCAUCGCCAUAUAUGCCACGGCGCCAUGUCCAUGGAGAAAGUCCUAGUAAAAGGCUACAAAGAUCUCAUCGAAUCAGUGAUAGUGACAUCUCAGAUUAUGAUGUUGAUGAUGGUAUUGGAGUGGUCUUGUCAGAUUAUAGGGCUAACAGUAGAGAAAGUAGAUCAAGCACAUUAACCGUCCCAGAUCAGCAGAGAACCCCCCACCAUCGUUCACGUUCAGUCUCUCCUCACCGUGGUGAUGACCAGGGCAGGACCCGGUCACGUUUACCCAGUGUCCCACUGCAGAGGAGUUUAGAUGAAAUCCAUCAAAGUCGUCGUUCUCGUUCCCCUACACGAUACCAAGAUGCCUCUCGCAGUCCAGUUGAAUGCAGGCCCAGGGACAUGGACAGCUAUUACACCUAUGAAAGAGACAGUGAGUUCCUUAUGCUGCCCAGGGCAAAACGAGGAAGGAGUGCAGAGUGCCUGCGUACUGCCAGAAUAUCAUUUAACAUCAAUAGAAUUUUGCCUCCCAAAAUGCCAUUAAUGGUAAAUGGUUUUCAUUGGAGAAAAUAUAGUGAAAUACAGCACUCUCUUGACAGGGCUAGGAGCGCUAGCACCAACUGUUUGAGACCAGAUUCUAGUUUACAGUCAUCAGAACGAGACAGAUCCCACCAACAAGGAAGUCCAGUCCAGACUGGAAUGCCACUGUCUGGUCGGAGGAGUAGACAGCUUCCACAGGUCCCAGUUAAGAGCUACGGUCUAGAACAAGGAUGCCAAAUAUUAGAAGAGCGAACAAAGCAGGUGAAGGGGAAAAUGCAUCCCAGCAAACAAUCUGUAGAAUCAGUAUCCAGUUUUGAACAGGAACGUGAACAAUGUACAAAGCAUCUACUGUACAAGGAUCAGAACAGAAGCAUUGAUAAUAUUUCAAUCAAAUCAUCAGACAGUGAUGCCAGUGACGUCUCAGCCAUUUCCCGAACCAGCAGUGCCUCACGCCUCAGCAGCACAAGCUACAUGUCUGUACAGUCAGAGCGGCCAAGGGGCAGUCGGAAAAUCAGUGCGUUUACCUCUAAAAUGCAAAGCAGACAAAUGGGAGCAUCCAGGCGAAAUAUUAUGAAGAGCACAAGUGUCAGUGACGAGAUGUAUUGUCUGGAAAAUAAUGAUGGCAGUCAGUCAGAUACUGCUGUGGGAACAAUAGGAUCGGGGGGCAAGAAGCGAAGAUCAAGUUUGGGUGCCAAAAUGGUGGCCAUUGUCGGAUUGACAAGGAGAAGUAGGAGCACAUCUCAGCUCAGCCAGACCGACGCUGGAGGGAGGAAAUCCAAAAAUACUAUCCAGAGAAGCACAGAGACAGGCAUGGCAGUGGAAAUGCGGCGUAUGACUCGACAAGCCAGCCGGGAAUCUACUGACGGCAGCAUGAACAGCUACAGUUCAGAGGGAAAUUUAUUCCCUGGGAUGAGACUGGGAGCUGACAGUCAGUUCAGUGAAUUCCUCGAUGGACUGGGACCUGCACAACUUGUUGGGAGACAGACAUUAGCAACACCUGCCAUGGGUGACAUUCAGAUUGGGAUGGUGGAUCGGAAGGGACAGUUGGAAGUUGAAGUGAUUCGAGCCCGAGGCCUCAGUCAGAAAACAGGCUCAAAAUCUCUCCCUGCUCCUUACGUCAAGGUCUACCUGUUGGAGAACGGUGUGUGCAUAGCCAAAAAGAAGACAAAAAUUGCACGAAAAACACUCGAUCCACUCUAUCAACAAUCAUUACUAUUUGAAGAAAGCCCACAGGGUAAAGUCUUACAGGUGAUAGUCUGGGGAGAUUAUGGCAGAAUGGACCACAAAUGUUUCAUGGGUGUGGUACAGAUUCUCCUGGAAGAGCUUGAUCUAUCCAGCAUGGUGAUUGGUUGGUACAAACUGUUCCCAACAUCUUCAUUGGUGGAGCCCACCUUGACUCCCCUUACUCGCAGAGCUUCCCAAUCAUCUCUUGAAAGUUCGACUGGACCUCCCUGUAUAAGGUCAUAAUGAAACACGAAGUCACCAACAGGACAAAAAAGCAGAAGCUGACCACAAAUAUGAUCAAAAUCACUGCUGGAGCCAGA